CAUGUUGGCAACACUCUUCGGCCACGCAGUCUUGCUCUUGCACGGUAAUCGGUGACUGAUACCCCAGUUCUCCAAAAACCUUAGAUCAUAUUAUUAUACUAAUCAUUUAUGAUCUAAGCCAAAAACGAUAAAAAAAAAAAAACAUUUUCAAGUUCACAUUAUUUAUAGCGUUUUCGAUUUGACAUAAUAGUGUGCACGGAAAAUUAAUACAUAUUACAUUGAAAUAUUGAAUUGUCUAAGACCGUGUUCACAACCGUGGAGUUUGAAGACCACGAUUUUAUCACGUGUUUUAUAAAACUGUAUUCUUCAAGAAAAUAAUGGGCCCCACGGAACAUGUUAUAGUUCAGAAUAAUAAAUAAUACCAUCAAUAAGACGUCUCAGAAAAGUUAAAUUAUCUUCAAGCCUUCUGUUAGCUAACGUCUUGAGGACCAAGACGGUGCAAAACUAGGAAAUAGGAAUAGUCGUGGGAUAGGUGAUCAAGUUUUUAUACAACAAAGGUCAAAAACUUUCGUUGAAAAUGUUCAAUUUGAUUCAUACCUCAAGAGUUAUCACUUAUCAGGAUCCCACACAACGGGUCCAUGUUCCUAAAUUGACCUCGCAAAAGGCACAAUGUAACUGCCAACUGCCAAUAUCUCAAUAAUGUAAACAAUAAUACGUGACAUUCACUUUACAAGAGAGUUUUGUGCAAAGCAAUGCUGGUAAUCAUUGGCAAUAAGCCGUCUGACCACUUACUUAAUCGGAAAUGGUCUUUGGUGGUCGUCAACUAUGAGAGAUAUGAUUUUGCCAACGACAUGUUAAUAGUCUCACAACGUUGCUAUACGGGGUUUAUCAGUCUAUGACCAGGAAUAAAUAGGUUUUGUCUUAUCGCACGAAAUUGCACAUGGUUUAUUCGUUUGCUUAAUCAUCUAGCUGUACAUUUGAGUCGAGAACAUGAAUUACCUGAAAUGCUUUUUGCUUUGGCUAAUGCGAUUUAUGUAGUAUUAAUAUCUUAGAUAAUAUGUUCAGCUAGUAUAGAAGAGUCGUGUUUUUAUGAGGUAUCAAUUCCAUAAGCUUUACAAGAAAAUGUACUAUAGUGUUACUAUAUAUGUAGUAUUUAUAACCAAUGUUAAUACCCAUGAAUAAUAUUACUUAUAAUUAAAUAACUACUAAAAUAUCAAUAUGGUUUGUCAGUCUUACAAAAAAAUCCAUGGGAGGGAUACGACACCCAAAUCCCCCCCCCUUGUAAUUACGGAACUGACUAUCGUGCGCCGUGUGGGUGCGACACUGCGACAAGUGCCCCCAACUCAGAGUAACAAAAUUGUCAAUUAAUCUAUAGGUCUCAUGAUCAACAUGUGUCUGCGUCGCGCAUUAAAAACAAAUUUUGUUGAGCUUAUUGGUCACUAGUCACAAGUCAUUUAAAGUGGCGAAGUGCCGACUGGCGACUGCUCAGAACCUGUGCAGCGAGCACGUGCGUUGUUUCGAACUUCUCGGUUCUCCGACCGGCAACAAUCAACAUCGUUUUCACGCACAGAAUAUUAAAAUCGAAAUACUUCCUAACAUUGCUUGUGAAUUUCGUGAAUGAUGAAUAAUAACAGUGUGUCCAGUAUAAAUAGAUUUUCACUAAUAACGUCCAACAUUCCUGUUGAUUUGGCAUUUGAUUUCAUUACAAAAACUGAUGUACAACAAUGUUUAGAAUACCUUACAGCAUGGUACUGCAAAGUAGGCUGUAUCCAAUUAUUUGACAAUGAUAAAAUUUUAAGUUUGGAUACAAUACUAUCUACAGAUUCAAUAAAUAAAGUGAUAGCGAAAUUACCAAUCGUAGAUUGUGAUGAUUAUAAACUUCAAAAUGACAUGGAAAAUCAAUUUAAUAAAAAACUUAGAACAUUGUGUAAUUUCAAUAUAAGAAAGUUUUUAAUCGAUUUUAAAUUACCAACCAGUUCUGCUAAUUUAGCUAGAGUGGUAUGUAAAUAUUCAAGUAAACCAAUUGUGUUUAAUUUAAAUGUACCAGCAUUAGAAAAUGCUUGGGACUCUUGGAAUACUUUUAGGAACAUGACUGGUUAUAGUUUACAAAUUAGCAUAGUUCUGUGCCUCACUAAAUAUGUGCCAACCAAUGAUGAGAUAAAACGAUGGGUUGGUGAACCCGUGUGUGCUUUAUCUAUUAGUACAAACCUUUUCAAUUUAAACAAAAAAGGAAAUCCAGUACUUAGUGAAGAUCGUGAAGUUAUUUUGAAAAUAGCUAUACAACAAAAAUGGACAAUAAUUGUAUCGGGUGAACCGCUACCAAAUAUGAGGGAUUAUUUUUAUUACAUAAUAUUUAUAGCUAAGAACGUUCAUAUCCCAGAUCCAAUAAUUGUGUGCGAUGAUCUUCUACAAUUACCCUUGCAACCACUCAGAGACAAUCUUAUGUCUUGUGUGUAUCAUGUUUUUGAACAGGAUCCAGUUAAAUAUACACAAUACCAAAAGGCAGUACACUUGGCAAUCAUUGACAAAAAGGUAAAAAAUAUUGUUAUAGCUGUUAUUGGUGCCGGUCGAGGUCCUCUAGUUAAAGCUUGUUUGAGAGCUGCAGACCUAGCAGCUGUAAAUGUUAAGGUAUAUGCAGUUGAAAAAAAUGAAAAUGCCAUACCAACACUACUUAUGUAUCAAAAAAACAUUUGGGGUAAAUCUGUUGAUGUGGUUUUCAGUGAUGGGCGCGAAUGGGACCCACCUGAGAAGUGUGAUAUAAUGGUGUCUGAACUUCUGGGAUCGUUUGGAGACAAUGAAUUGUCACCGGAAUGCCUAGAUGGAGCUCAGAAGUGUCUGAAAGAUGAUGGGAUAAGUAUACCUUGUGAAUAUUCAUCCUAUUUAAGGCCUGUAAUGUCACAUAAACUGUUUAGUCAGACUAUAAGAAAUGAAGCCAUUGAUGAAUCAUGCAUAUCAAAGUCGAAAGAUGCUGCAUUUGAACAGUCGUACAUAGUUUUACAACCAAAUAGCUAUAAGCCAACCAAGACCAAAAAAUUAUUUUCAUUUUAUCACCCUAAAAAAACACUGGAAAGCAAUGCUCGGUAUAAAUGCCUUAAAUUUGAAAUAACUUCCAACAUGCAAUUGCAUGGUUUUAGUGGCUAUUUUGAUGCAGUUUUAUACAAAAAUAUUAUAAUAAGUAUAGAACCAUUAACUGAGAGUUUUGGCAUGUUCAGUUGGUUUCCUGUUUAUUUUCCAAUCAAAGACACAAUGUUGGUUAAAUCUGGUAAUAUUAUAUCUGUGCAUUUUUGGAGGUGUUGCGAUGAACAUAAAGUGUGGUAUGAAUGGUGCGUAUCUUCUCCAAACCAAACACCUAUUUAUAAUUGCCAAGGGAAAUCAAACUCUAUAAGACUGUAAUUUAGUAAAUAUUACAUUUUUAUUUUAUUUGUACUAUUUUUUUAUUUUUGACUGAUGUUGAUCUUUUAAAUGUUAUAGUAAAUUUUUCUAUUUACUCAUGUUGAAUAUGUAAAAAAUUUAAUUUAUGUAUUAGUUAAUAGUUAAUUUACCUGUUCAAUCGAUUUUGUACCAUAGAUAUUAAAUACACUUAAUACAAAUCAAUAUUUUAAACCUACAUUUUUAAUUCUUUAUACAAAUUAGAUAAAACUCAAGUGACUUUGAUGGCGCAAUGAUCACAAAAAGAGGACUAACUUAAAGUAAUUUCUUAUUGGGCACAAUUGCUUUUUAGUUAGUUAUUAAAAGUUACAACACUUAUUAAAUUUUCAAAAAUAUUAUUCUUAGGCUUCAAUGUUACUGGGUGACCAUUAUGUUGUGUACUUCUGUCGUUACAACAUGUAAGUUAGAUAAAUUCCAUGCUUUUGAAAUAGUCCAACUCUUCGGCUACUGGGCCAACAUCAGCAUCCAGUAAUGCCCAUAUUAUAUUAUACGGUAGACUUUCGAUCAUUUCAAAAACUAUAUGAAUCGAUCAUGGACGCUUGGUGUCCUAAGAAAAUACCUAUAUUAUUCAUAGAAAUUACACUUAUUUUAGUUUUCCUGAUAAAUUCACAACAAGAAUGUUCGAGACGGCGGGUGACACCACGUCAUGCAUA